AUGUCGUGGAGGCACUGCUUGGAGUCUGGUAUUGGUGUGGAAGCAUUACUACUGCAGAAGCAGAUGGAUAGUUGCCUUGUAGAAGGAGAUGCUAAAGAAGAAAUCUUGCAGCCUCCAGAGCCUCAGCCAGUACCACCAAUCCUAACGCCGUCUCCCCCAUCAGCUUAUCCAACGGUCACUUCUGUGUUGCAGGACAAUGAUAGAUACCAUCCAAAGCCAGUUUUGCAUAUGGUUUCAUCAGAGCAUUCAACAGACCUCAACGAGAAUUAUAAUAAAUCAGCAGAACUUUCAGGGAAGAAUGAACCCAGUGAACGUGCAGAGAAGAGGCUGGAGCGCAACUUAAGUUUUGAGAUCAAGAAGGUACCUCUUCAGGAGGGACCACGAAGCUUCGAUGGGAGCUCCCUGUUGAACAGGGCACACGCAAUUAAAAUUAAGCCUGUGUCAUCCUGUGUAAUUGAUGAGAGCUUUAAGCCACAGGAACAGUUCUCAGGGGAUGCAUUUGUAGAAGUUUCUCAAAACUCAUGUAUGGAAUGCAGCGUGCCACAGUCUAACACAGCCUUAAUACCUUCACCAGAAAGUCUGCAGAGCCGUCAGAUUUCUGAUGCUCUCCCAAGACCAGAUCGCCUGCUGCUGUCAGAAAAGGGACAGGCCACGUGGUCGCUGCAGGGGCCUGGCAGCACGCUGCCUGCCUCGGGGUCAGAAGAGCUGUCUCCAGACAUCUUGUGUCAUGGUGUCAAAACUCUCUCUCUGGUAUCGAACACCACAGCUGAACAUCCUUCCAGGGAUAACGGUGAUCACACAACUAUUUCUCUUCAGGCACCCCUCUGUUUUACUAACCCUCUUCAUUCAGAUGACUCUGACACAGACGAGAUGAACUUGGGUGGAGCCACGAGCAGCAGCGUGUCUAAUGUUUCAACUGCAAGUGCCACGGUUUCUGCUGCCACCAGUGCUGAGAAUGUGUCUGCCAGAAAAGUGUUGCCCAUGUCUAUUGCUAGGCAAGACUUAACAGCCGUAACGUGUUCUGAAGAUGGUGAAG